GGCCUUUACAUCAUCCUCUGUGACAUUUCUAGCCGUUGCACUCAUUCAAUAACACUUGGUGCAGCAGGAUGGAGUCCAGAGGACCAAACUAAGCCCAGAACUCUGUGUGUUAGACUGAGAGAUUGGCCACGCCACUCGAGGAGGAUGUCUCAGCUCCUGAGGCUUCUCUCGGCGGCCGCGGCGCCUCUCUGCCGGGCUGGAGGAACCCGGGCUACUCGGUGCUCUGCUGCUACGGCAGGAAGGCUCUUUAUAGCCGGAUACCGGAGCUUCGCUGCCACGAAUGUCUGUCGGACCCCAGUGAACUUCUUGACCUGUUGCAGAUUCCAGGCAGCUCAGCGACGUCUGUACUCCACUGAACCCAACGAUGGAAAAGGAGGAGCAGGAGGAGGAGGGAAAUCAUCAGGUGGAGGGAAGAGAGGAGGAGGAGAAAAAGACUGGUGGAGGAGAAUCCAAAAUGGUGACCUCCCCUGGGACCAGAACGAAAACCGUUUAUUGGCAGUAGCCGUGAUUGCAUUCACUGCAGGUCUGCUGCAUUACAACUACAAAAACAGCUACAAAGAGAUCAGCUGGAAGGACUUUGUCCACCGCUACAUUGGCAGGGGAGUGGUGGAUCGGUUAGAGGUGGUCAACAAACAGUAUGUCAGAGUCAUCCUGGUGCCAGGAGCCUAUGCUGAAGCGAGACACAUCUGGUUCAACAUCGGCAGCGUGGACACGUUCGAGAGGAACCUGGAGGCGGCGCACAUGGAGCUCGGGCUGGAGCCAUCAAACCGCCCCGCGGUCAUCUACAGCAGCGAGAGCGACGGCUCUUUCCUCUUGAGCAUGAUACCCACGGUGCUGCUGAUUGGCUUCCUGCUUUUUGCCCUGCGGCGAGGACCAAUGGGAGGAGGCCCCGGCGGUGGGAGGGGCGGGCCCUUCAGCAUGAGCGAGUCCACAGCGAAGAUGAUGAGGGACAACAUCGAGGUGAAGUUCAAGGACGUGGCCGGCUGCGAGGAGGCGAAACUGGAGAUCCUCGAGUUCGUCAACUUCCUAAAGAACCCAAAACAGUACCAGGACCUCGGGGCCAAGAUCCCCAAGGGUGCUGUGCUGUCUGGACCUCCGGGGACGGGGAAGACUCUGCUGGCUAAAGCCACAGCCGGAGAGGCAGACGUCCCCUUCAUCACCGUCAACGGCUCGGAGUUCCUUGAGAUGUUUGUUGGCGUCGGUCCUGCCAGGGUGAGAGACAUGUUCUCCAUGGCGAGGAAGAACGCCCCCUGCAUCCUCUUCAUCGACGAGAUCGACGCUGUGGGGAGGAAGAGGGGAGGAGGGAACUUUGGAGGUCAGAGUGAGCAGGAGAACACCUUGAAUCAGCUGCUGGUGGAGAUGGACGGUUUCAACACAGCGACUAACGUGGUGGUCCUGGCUGGAACCAACAGACCCGACAUCCUGGAUCCUGCACUGAUGAGACCGGGACGCUUUGACAGGCAGAUCUACAUAGGUCCUCCAGACAUUAAAGGCAGAGCGUCCAUAUUUAAAGUCCACCUGCGACCAAUCAAACUGGACCCCAAAAUAGACAAAGAUAUGCUCGCCAGAAAGAUGGCGGCUGCUACUCCGGGAUUCACCGGAGCCGACAUUGCCAAUGUCUGCAACGAGGCGGCGCUGAUCGCUGCCAGACAUCUGAACGAGUCAGUCAACGCCAAACACUUCGAACAGGCCAUCGACCGGGUUAUCGGAGGUCUGGAGAAGAAGACUCAGGUCCUGCAGCCAACAGAGAAGAAGACCGUAGCGUAUCAUGAGGCGGGUCACGCCAUCGUUGGCUGGUUCCUGCAGCACGCCGACCCGCUGCUGAAGGUGUCAAUCAUCCCGCGGGGCAAGGGUCUGGGCUACGCUCAGUACCUGCCCAGAGAACAGUACCUUUACAGCAGGGAGCAGCUGUUUGACAGAAUGUGCAUGAUGCUGGGGGGCCGUGUGGCUGAGCAGGUCUUCUUUGGCAAGAUCACCACCGGAGCUCAGGAUGACCUCAAGAAGGUCACGCAGUCCGCCUACGCUCAGGUGGUGCAGUUUGGGAUGAGUGAGAAGGUGGGUCAGGUGUCGUUCGACCUUCCCCGGCAGGGUGAUGUGGUCCUGGACAAGCCAUACAGUGAAGCCACGGCAGAACUGAUCGACGAAGAGGUCAGAGAGCUGGUAGAGCGAGCAUACCAGAGAACACUGGAGCUCGUCAAGGACAAGAAGGAGCUAGUGGAGAUGGUGGGGAAGCGUCUCCUGGAGAAGGAGGUCCUGGUCAAGGCAGACAUGGUGGAGCUGCUUGGCCCGCGGCCGUUUGAGGAAAAGUCGACGUACGAAGAGUUUGUGGAGGGGACAGGGAGCUUCGAAGAGGACACGAGCCUGCCGGAGGGCCUCAGAGACUGGAACCAGGAGAGAGGAGGAGAGGAGGAAGAGCACGAGGCCAGCCCACCUCAGGGUAAACAGCAGGCCGUGUAGAGCCAAAGCACUUGGACAAGAAGAACAAACUCUUUUCAUCCGAGCUGCAAAAACACACAACUCAGCGCUGAUUCGGAGCCUGUGAGGGUGAACUUUCUCCACAGAUUAGUAAUUUAUGCCUUCAAUUUACUUUCGUUUCCCUCAGGUUAACAAUUCAGACACUUCAAUCACAGCAAGUUCUCAGUUUGUCCCUCACAAUGGACAGCGUGGAGUUUAAGUUUGGCAUGUGGAUAUAUUUCAGCUUUUGUCUGUUUGAAAGUUUCUUUCAGUCUUUUUGUUUCAGAUGUAGGAACUAAACGAGAAGGAGGGAUAAAUAUAUUGCAUUAAAAGCACAAAUUAUAAUUUUAGGAUACAAAUUAAGUCAAAUUAAGUAAGGCUCUAAAUGACUAAUUUUAGGUCGAAGUUGAAACCACCAGGCUCUGUGCAUCUCUGGUUAAAUGCAAGCGUUUGUUUUUUUUCACCGUCCGGACUCCAAGACGCUCCUACUCGCCUUAACACUGAUCAACCAGGGGACUGGUUAAUAUCCCUGAACUGAGUGUAAAUGAUGCACAUUUUUCUCUUUAUUUAUUGCAUAAAAAGGGAGUUCUGCUCCCCGACUGACAUCCUGAUAACAAGCAAGAAAUGAACUCUUCCACAGCCAAAUUCAGAAAGACAUUUUUACAGGUUUGAAUAUUUUGAGAAUUGAUGUGAAAUUUUUCUUUUGUUUGUUUUGUUUCCUGCAGUUGUUUUUACUCUGUUCAGAGUAUAUGUAACCACAGCGACUUUCAGUUCGAGCUUUAUUUCUUUUAUACAAACAGCUUGAUGCUGUGAACACACGAGUAGAUGACUGUAAAGAUGUUUUGUGUGAUAAAGACUCAAAAGGAAGCUGCUACAUCACCAGCCCACUGACUGAUGGGAAACCUUUGUAAUAUUUGAUAUUGAUAUUACAGUGCUGGCUGCAGUAUUUCUGCUGAUUUUAAAGGAGAAAUCCUCAAACACUGACACAAAAAGUCUUUAUUACUUUAGGCUUCAUGAACUUGUUUAUCUUUUAAUGUUUUUAAUCAUCAGUUCCCCCGAAAAGAGUAAAACCAAUUAAAUUAAUCUUAAAUACAAUCUGUGUAUCCUUUUUCAUUGUGAUUAUUAGACUGAGAAGAUUAUCAUCCAAAAACUAUUAUUAGGUUUUAGGUUAUUUUAUAUAUUUUUAAAAAAUCUCUCAGUUUUUAAUUAAUAUGGUCUUGGACUCAAAUUUGAAGAUGCACUACAGGCCAAAUAUUGGGAAGCAACUUACAUUUUCUGUUCACAAUGGCUUUCUUAAAAACCAGUAUGUAUUCUUUGGAAUUUUUGGAUGUGUUUACUGCAUGAUCAUACUUUACUUUCAUUGAAUUGAACCUUUUUCCUCAAUUGACCUUUAGGUAUACAUUGAUGUUACCAGACCAUUGCUGAAUAAAUGUUACCAAAAGAAAAGAAGGGCUUAGUUUUAGGGUUGAGAAGAUUAGAGUCACAACUUCAGUGCAAAAGUUUAAAAAAAAUAAUCACAGUUUGCAUUAUUCAAUUUAGCUCUUUGGCUUUUGAGAGUUUGGAUACAAAAAUCCCAAUACAUCUCAACUGUGUUCAUAUCUCAGACUAACUACCACAGAAAUGGCUCAAAUUGAAGCAGCUGAGAAAAGAAACAAGAGUACAGAUUUAUACUUUAAGAAAAGAAGGAUACACUGAAAGAGAAAUGCAAAACACCUAAUCAAAUCAAAAUUACUUUAUUUAUCCCCGAGGGUAAAUUCAGUUAGUCUGGUAGAAUCUCUGUUAGAAUGAGACAGCCUGAUGGCUGUAGGAGAGAAGGAACUUUUGAAUCUCUCCGUCCUGCAACAGAGAGAGAGAGGAGCCGUCCACUGCUGUUUUUUGGUCCAUAAAGGUUUUGUGUAGCAGAUGAUCUGGGUAUUUCAGGAUGGACUAGAACAUGUUGACAGGUCAUCUCUCCACCACCUCCUCCAGUGUGUCCAACCUGGCUCCAACCACAGAACCAGCUCUUUAGACCAGUCUGUCCAACCGCCUUCAUCUCUGUGUGUGAUGCUGCCUCCCCAGCAGACUGCAGCAUAAAACAACACACUACCACCACAGACUGAUAAAACAUCUGCAGCAUCUUACUACAGAUGUCCAGAGAUCUGAGCUUCAAGAAGAAAUAGAGGUGGCUCUGCGUUUAGGGACCAGUCCUAGUUAUUAUCCAGAUAUACACCUAGAUACUUAGAACUUGGCACCACCUCCAUGUCCACCCCACAGGUAAUCACUAGCUGAAGGGGGGCUUGAACUUGCGGAAAUCUAUGAUAAUUUCCUAAGUCCAACAAAGGAGUUCACUACACCCUGAAGAGACGAGAGGAAACUGGAAGUUUUGAUGAUAGAAAAUGUUGUGGCAGAAAGAGAUUUACUAAAAAAGCAGAGAAUAAACAUAUUGUCAAAUCAACAUAAGGUCAUAACCCAUAUCUGUGACGACUGAAAAGAUGUUUGAGAAAGGCUGGUCUAAAUGGCUGUAGCUGCAAUAAAUCCACUACUUCGUCCAACGAACAAAAAAAAGAUCUGAGUGGGCAAAAGCACAUUGGACCUGAUAUGUCUGGAAACAAGUUCUCUGAACUGACGAAAGCAAAUUUGAACUAUUUGGUUCAAAGCGCAGGUUAUAUCCGCAGACAAACUGACCGUCCUAAAGCACUGACAAUAAAGCAUGGAGCUGGUAGAGCCAUGGUUUGGGGAUGUUUUCAGGUGAUGGAGUGAGAGAAGUUUGAAGUAAAGGGUUAGUUAUAACUAAAAAUGAACUCCUUGAUGUCUGUUUUAUCUUGUGACAAAGUUUUAGAUUUCAAUUUUGCUUUAUUUCAGAGAAAUAAUGAUAUAAAAACCACAAAAUCCAACUCAAAACCAAGCAGUAAUUGCACUUACCACAGUCUGCUUUGGAUAUAUAUAUGAAUUUAAACAACUUUAAAUACACUUAUAACAAAAUCAAUUUGAAAAUGUUUAUUCACUGAAAACUAAAUAUAAAAGCUGAAAGAAGACAGCAUUAUAGUUACUGCA